AUGUCGGGUCCAGGCGUCGGUUUCGAGUAUCCUCCCCAGCAAGUCUCUUGGCUGAAGCGAGAUGUGCUGCUCUUCGCAAACAGCAUUGGUGCCACGGCCGACGAGCUUCACCUCCUCUACGAGCUUCACCCCAAUUUCGCCGUUUUCCCUACCUAUCCCAUCAUUCUGUCUUUCAAAGGCAACACCCAAGAAGUCAUUGACUUUUACGCCGCCUCCAAGGCCGUCAAGAUCCCCGGCGUCCCUGAAUUCGACUACCGCCGCGUGGUAGACGGCCAGCGAAAGAUGGAAUUCUUCAAAGCCCUCCCCACCACCUCCGAAGGCAAGAAGUUCGAAUCCAGAACCAAGGUCCUCGGCGUUUACGACAAGGGCCGACCCGGCACAGUCCUCGACGUGCAGACCGAUCUUGUCGACACUGCUACCGGCGACGUCUACAGCCGUGUCACAACCAGCUCAUUCUUCGUCGGUCAGGGCGGCUGGCACGGUCCCAAGGGUCCUGCUACCAAGAACUUCCCUCCUCCCAAGGACAAGCAGCCCGAUGCUGUUCUCGAGCACCAAACCACCACCGAGUCGGCCCUGCUGUACCGCCUGAACGGCGACUACAACCCUCUGCAUGCUACUCCCGAGCCUGGUCAGAAGAUGGGCUUCGGAGGUGCCAUUAUGCACGGCCUGUACUCGUGGAACACCACCUGCCAUUUGAUUCUCAAGACUCUUGGUGGCAGCGACCCUGCCAAUAUCAAGGAGUACCAGGCCCGUUUUGCAAGUCCCGUCAAGCCGGGCGACAAGUUGGUUACUAGGGUUUGGCGCACCGGCGAGAAGCAAGGCGACUUUGAGGAGAUUCGAUUUGUGACUGAGGUUGCGGGUGGUAAGGUGUGCCUGAGCAAUGGGCGUGCUUUGGUGAAGGUUGUUGGAGGUGUUGCUAGCAAGCUGUGA